UAGGUAGUAAUCUUAGAAGUACCAGUUGACAAUAUCGAAAAAUUAUUAAUUUCGCGAGUUGAAACUAACAAUCUGUUAUUGACGCUUCAACUAGAGUUGGUAUACAUAUUUGAGAAGCUUUCGACAAUGUAUCAUAGCCAGAGUGCGGACGCGGAUUUACGUAGUCGAAAAUGUGGAAAGUCAAUGAACAACAACAACAUACAAGGCGACAAUGACGACACUGCGUCUUGGUCGGAUGAAGUAGCACAGACAACAAGGCAGCCGUACACAGAACUCCUAACGGAACCAAUUCACAAUUCCCAAUCGGCCGAAAUGUCAAGUGAAACAACUGUGGAAUCAGCGCUGCAUCGAAGUAGUCCUAGUAAAAGUUCCAGUAAGGAGUCAGAAGUGGAUGAAGUAGGCGACGACGAUAUGUGGUGCAAUGAACUGCAGCAAAAAGAUCUCCUGCUGCCCGAGGUUGAGCCCAAGAAGCAGGAGCUAUCAAGGAAAUACAGCAAUCUGGCCGACAUAGCUAUACGUCUUAUGAUUGUAUUGGUGUUUUUCAAAUUGGAAACGAUGCCUGCCUUUAAGCGGGAAAUCCACGUGGAGGAACUGUGGCUGUACAAAAAUCCAAUCCGUCCGGACAUCGUUAAGAGCGGCGAUCUGCUAUUUUUGGUAAUUACCGUUCCGUUCGUUCUCACAUCAUUAGUCUACGCAUUUACCAAAGAUCGCAGAGAUUUUCGUGCUGCCAGCUGGGCGUGGACAUUGGCGGUGUGCAUGAAUAGCAUCCCGACGAGUCUCUUGAAGAUUACCGUUGGACGACCACGUCCAGACUUCUACUAUCGCUGCUUUCCCGACGGUGUUAUGGUUCUCAACGAAACUGCCAGCGCAUUGGGCAACGCAUUACUCGAUUUUAAUUGCACAGGCAAGCCGAGCAUCAUCAACGAGGGACGAAAGAGCUUCCCCAGCGGGCAUUCAUCCUUUGCCUUUGCCAGCUUUGGAUUUGUCACUUACUAUGUGGGCGCCAAGCUGCACGCCUUCGAUGCACGCGGAAGAGGGCAGACUUGGCGAAUGUGCAUCGCUGUUAUUCCACUUAUUGUGGCCUCCUUGGUGGCUGUUAGUCGCACCUGUGACUAUCACCAUCAUUGGCAGGAUGUGACAGUGGGUUCACUUAUUGGUCUAUUCAGUGGAUACAUCAGUUACAGACAAUAUUAUCCUUCAAUAUUCGCGAACAACGCGGGCAAACCAUAUGUACGCUGGCCAAACCUGAAGCAAUCGGAGACAGAUUCAAUAGGAGAGCCAGGCAGCGAAGCAUGUAGCUCGCUGCUGGGUAAGCAGACGAGCAAAUGGUGUUAGGGCUUUGCAGGAAUGUUGCAUCGAACAAGUAUUGUUAAAGUCGUAAGAAGUACUGGUUGCUUACUAAUUGAUAUGGAACGACUUACGACAUAGAAGCUAAACUAUUCCUAAAGGUAAAUUAUACCAGUAAAUGUGGGCUUUAAUGCACAGCUGUGCGGGAAUUUUGUUCAGGUUAGAUGUAUGUACGUAUGAAUGUUUGUAGUCGUAGCAUAGUGUAGUGGGAUAUUGUAGCUCAGAAUUUAAGCUAAGUAAAAGGCGCGGCAUAUGCUAUUAACUUAUCAAAGCAAUCAAUAAUCAAUAGCCUAAGCAGUGUACAUUGUUAGCUGUUUCUGGCACACGCCUAGUUCAAUAUUGUAAUAAAUCACUGGCUAAAUAAUUACAUCACUUAUUUCGUUUGCUAAAUAUUUA